AUGGACUGGUUCGACGACACUUGGAUCGGCCAUCUUGUUCACUUCUCAGAGCCACAGCCAUCAGCAUGGAUUCUGCAAAAGAAACUGUCCGAGCACGCCGUCUUCCCCAAGAAGGGCUAUGCCGAAGAAUAUCGUGUGCCCGCUGAAAUCAAGGCCGUCUUUGUCUGUUCAAAACUUGGUGGCCCGGGUCCUCUCGAAGCCGUCCUCAAGAUCUGGAUGCAGUUGAGUUCUACAUCGGUCCCGUUGACAAAAAGAGACAUAUUUAUGGGAGGCGAUAUCGCUGACUGGGAGCGCGGCCUGGAGUGCGAUUCGGGCAUUGGAGAGCAGAUUGCCCUGGAGCGCCUGACACAAGGGCAGUGUACAUCAACUCCGCACUUCAUUGCCUCGAAGGCGGCGGUUCAGGACGGCAGCAUGCGUUUUCCUGGCGGAUUCAUGUACUACCUCUUGAUGACCAAGCUCCCUGGCAUCCAAGUCGAAUCAUUCAAAAGUCUCUCUAACAGAGAACGCUCCGAGCUUCGAGGAGCGUUUCAAAGAGCAUGGCUGUAA